CCCGCCCUGCUGAGUUGCGCAUGCGCAGUGCUGCAGUUGGUUGCGGCCAUGGCGGCGUUGUGGUGGUGGUUAGUGAGGCCCGGCGCGGCGCUGCCCGUUGCACGAGCCCUGCGGCCCGUCCGCCGCCUGCACACGGUGUAUCAGAGUGUGGAGCUGCCCGAGACGCACCAGAUGCUGCGCCAGACGUGCCGGGACUUCGCCGAGAAGGAGCUGAUGCCGCUGGCGGCUCAGCUGGACAGGGAGCACCGCUUCCCGGCUGAGCAGGUGAAGAAGUUGGGUAGCCUGGGGCUGCUGGCUGUGGAAGUGCCAGAGCAGUUCAAAGGAGCGGGCCUCGACUACCUGGCCUAUUCCAUAGCUUUGGAGGAGAUCAGCAGGGGCUGUGCAUCCACAGGCGUCAUUGCCAGCGUCAAUAAUUCUCUGUAUUUAGGGCCAAUACUCAAGUUUGGUUCUGAGGAACAGAAGCACAAAUGGAUUUCUCCCUUCACCAGCGGGGACAAAAUAGGAUGUUUUGCUCUUAGUGAACCAGGGAAUGGCAGCGAUGCAGGUGCGGCAUCCACAGUGGCACGUCUGGAUGGUGACGAGUGGGUGCUGAAUGGCACCAAGGCCUGGAUCACCAACGCCUGGGAUGCCUCGGCCGCCGUGGUGUUUGCCACUACAGAUAAAUCCCUGAAGCACAAGGGCAUUAGUGCAUUCCUUGUUCCUAUGCCAACUGCGGGGCUGUCCCUGGGGAAGAAAGAAGACAAGCUGGGCAUCCGAGCCUCUUCCACGGCCAACCUGAUAUUUGAGGACUGUCGGAUACCCAAGGCCAACCUGCUGGGGCAGCUAGGAAUGGGCUUCAAAAUUGCCAUGCAAACUCUGGAUGCAGGAAGGAUUGGCAUCGCCUCUCAGGCUCUGGGAAUAGCUCAGGCAGCUCUGGACUGUGCUGUGGAUUAUGCUGAAAAGAGAAUGGCGUUUGGGUCACCCAUCACAAAGCUGCAGGCAAUUCAGUUUAAGUUAGCAGACAUGGCUGUGGCAUUAGAGAGUGCGCGCUUACUGACCUGGAGAGCUGCUAUGCUGAAGGACAAUGGGAAGCCCUUCACAAAGGAAGCGGCAAUGGCCAAGCUGGCUGCAUCAGAAGCUGCAACAAGCAUCUCUCAUCAGGCCAUCCAGAUCUUGGGUGGCAUGGGCUAUGUGACAGAGAUGCCAGCAGAACGUCAUUACCGUGAUGCUCGUAUCACUGAGAUCUACGAGGGGACCAGUGAGAUCCAAAGACUGGUGAUAGCAGGUCAACUGCUGAAGGCAUACCGUAGCUGAAGAACCUUAAAGCAAGUUACUGCCCUAAGUGCCUCCUAACAGCCAUCCAGGCGCUGAGGAUCAUGAUGGAAGUUUUCCUCACUGAUGAGUAACUGACCUUAACAUGUGCUGAUUCUUCUCUGGGUGAAGUAUGGUGCAUAGAAGGCCCUAUCCAAGUUUGUAAGCAAACGGCUAUGAGUGCAGGAGAGAGGAAGCAGCUCAUGGCUGCUUCUCCUAAAUCUCCUACCAUUGUGUGUUGUUUUGUUCCAGCAGCACAGGGUCACUGUGCUGUUCAGCCGCACUCCUUGUGCAUCUUGCAGUAUUUCCUUUGGCAAAGCCUUGCAAUGAGCAGUGUGAUAAGCAGUGCCAGCAUUAGAGAUGUGACACCUGUGCACUCUUCCCAGGCUGCUGGUUUCACUGCUACGCUUCUCAGCUCCUGAAGUUCAGGGAUGCAGCUGAGGUGAGCUCCCUGUUCAGUGCAGGCUGUACUGAGACCUGCUGCAGCAGUGCACUGUCCCCCACCUCGAGCAGGAGAGGAGCCAGAAAGGAGGACGCAGGCACUUCCUACACACAAAAGGCUCUCAGGCUGUGGUUGCUGUGUACAUGGAUGUAAAAACAACCCAGUAGCUUUCAUAGUGUGAGCCCCUCAUGGAUGGAGCUGUAAAAGCAAAGAGAAGUUCCACAGACUGCAUUUACUGUACCAACAAGUAUCCAACAGGACAGUAACAGGUUUUGAUCUCUGUGCAUUUUUGGGCAACUAAGAAAUGAACAGAUGAUAUCAAAAACCUUACCAGGAAGAUGAACAGUAACGCACAUCCUCCAUCAGUUACCUUCAGCAAUCAAUUAACUGUACAAAGAUUAAACAGCCAAAAGAACAGCUCUAAACUCAGGGAAAGAUGGACAGGAUUGAGACAACAAUGUGCACGGCCCUUGUCCAGACACUGAGUACACCAGUUGUAAAUGGUUAUUUUCCUGCAGUGUUACUGAAUUUAUGUGCCAAGAAAACAGCAAGAUCUUAUUACAUAAAAGAGAACAGAAGAUAAAUAAAACCUGAUUUUAAAAACUUGAAUAAAGUACCAUCCCUCCCCCUUUUCUUUAAAUUCAAAUACGACAAUUUGGAAUAGUUUCUUCAGUCCCAAGACAGAGAAGCACAAACCCCCUUACCCUGCAUACACCGGUUGUGCCGACGCUUUGUAGUGUGCUGGGUGAUUGCUAGUGCAGCAGAUGUACCAGGAAUACAAAUAGUCCCUUUGCAGAUCACUUGCAUGUUGGGACAGAGUUUGAAUUUCUUUGCUGCUGUCAUAAUCUGGCACAGCCAGGCAGUGAGAUAAGUUGGUCUUCUGGAAAACCAUUCCAGUGACUGCAAAUGUGUUGUAAAUGAAAGCCUUCUAGGUGUAAGACA